ACAGGAUCCAUCCCUUCCCAGACUUCAUUUAGGGUUGGCAGUGGAGCUGAGGGUAUCUCUUGCUGGAGAUGCCUGUAUCCCUGAGGCCUUCUGAGGGUAAGCAAUUUUUUUUCAUUUGUUUCUGUGCCCACAGCUGCUGCAUUUGGGCUCUUCCUCAGUUACUGCAGCAUAGGACUUUGCUGCUCCAUUGUUGUUGCUGUGCUUUCCACCACAUUGUAGCAUUGCAGCCUCAUAGAUGUAGUGUUGGAAUUGCCUUAUAGUAUGAAAUGAUACAAUUUAUAACGUGUGCAUGUUAUGGCCCAGAGCAUUUUGCAUUUUGAUUUGAUGUGGUUGAAUGCUGUGGCACUUUGAAAGCAUUACUGUCUUCUGCUUCCUAUCUUCUGUGCUGUUACUGGGGUUUACAAUGCUGUGCUAUGGCUCUCUAGAUCUGCUUGGGUUAAUUGUAGCUCUUACAGUUAGAUACAAUAUUAGUGUUCUUCCUCUUAAUGUGUGUUUGUUUCUUUUUGUUUCCCUCACAGACACUUUCUUGCUAGAAAACAAGAAAACGGGUUGAAGUUGGUGUAUGUGCAUGGUGUGUUGAGUAUCCUGUGUUGUUGUUUUUUUGGUUUCUUAAAUGUUGUAUGUAUACUGAAGUGCACACUUUGUUAUCAAAGUAUAUGGCGACCACCGAUUUAACUGACUUAGGGCUCUGUUUUUGAAUUCAUAUCCAUGUUUUCCAUUUUCCACUGACCUGCCUGCAUCUGAAGAUAAAAUGAGCUGCUUUGGUUCAUUUCAUAGACAAUUGGGAUCAAUAAAGUUUUGUUUUGUUUUGUUUUGUUUUUUUUCUUUUUUUGUACUCACACGACAGCUCUGUGCUUCAGGCUGCUUUCCCAAUAAAGUUGCAUUUUUCAUUCUGAUGUUGAAACGAACGUGAACUGUAGUCUGCUCUGGAAAUAAAUUAAUUCUCACUGGAGCAACAAAUAAAGCAACAGUAAAAUAUGGAUGACCAAGAGCAACAAUGAACUUCUGCUUUUAAAGAACUGGAAAAGUAUUAGGAUAUUAAAGUGUGGAUUUCUCUAAGCUGCUCCUGUUUCAAGUACGGGUUUGUAUUAAAAUUACCCAGCAACUGUCAGUGUUUCUGCCUGUGCUGAAGCUGUUUUCUUGAUCCUAGAGGAAGAGAUAAUGGUGGCAUAGAACAUAAAUAUGAAACUGAGGAGGAACUUCUUUACUUCAGGGGUGACAGAGUACUGGAACAAGUUGUCUGAAGAAGUGGUGGAGUCGUCUCCUCUGGAGAUGUUCAGAACUCCCUUGAGAGCUUUCCUGUGAAACCUACUGUAGGGAGCCUGCUUUGAAAGGGGGGUUAGUCUGAAUAACCUGUAGAAGUCCUUGCCAACCCUGUGAUUCUUUGAAGUUACAACUCCUUUUUCUACUCAGCAGAUACUGUCGGAGUAAGAGAUGCUUCAGUCUUCAAACUCCUUUACUCACAAGGACUGCUUACCUCCUGACUACCUAGUCUUGUAACAGAAAAACCAUGGGUCUGCGUUCUUGUUUCCAGCCUGCCCCCAGGCAGGGCAAUAUAGUUCAAAUUCAGAUCAGCAGCACUAGACUAAUCUGAAAUAUUACAUUUCACCAACAAGGAACCUGGACCCUGUAUCCAAAGACCCUGUGCAAGAGUCUGAAGUUUAUCUUGUAGCAUAUUGCAGCAAAUGUUUUACCCCAUAAUAAAGUAAACCUGAAUGAUACGCUGCUAAUAGCAUUACUGAGAAGGUCAGUAUGCUGCUGGGAGUGGCAUUUUAUAAGAAAGAACAAAACAUGACGUUGGUUUAAAAGAAAAUGAGAGUGACAACUAUUACUUCUCCACUUUUGGAAUCUAGCAGAUAAUGUCUUAUUUGAAAAUGGACAAGUUAAUUUAUGUCUGUGGGGAAAAAGAAUUUCCCACAGGUGUCAGUGCAUAGUUAGUCCUACUUUUAACUAGGAGAGCGGUCUUUAAAAGUAGCCGGAAACAAGGUUUUUCCUCACUCUCUCCUCCUGUCCAAGUCUGUCACCUACAGAUGUGUCUCUGUUAAAGGAAGUUAACUGAAAAUGGGAAAUUGCACACACAGGUCUACGGCAGCAAAAAGACAUCGAAAAAACAACCCCUCAAUAGGAGGAAUGCUGAGUUUCUAAACACAAACGGGUAGUUCUUGCAAUACCACUCAUUCAUACACAAACUAUGCAGAAUUAGGUGAAGGCACGCUUUAGUAUAGUAUAGAUUCUGCAUGCUGUAUUUAUCCUUGUCUUGCUCUGCUGUGGCAAAGAAGAUGUGCGUGUAUGUGCACUCAGUUCCUUGUUGCUGUGCAGUGUGAUGUCUUUGUAUAUGAAAAAGCACUUUGAAAGAGGAUUUGCAAGGUUAAAUUUGGUAUGAAAUCAAGGAUAGGAGGAAGAGAACAAAAUAUGAUGGAAUAUGGUAUAAUAUGGUAUAAUUCCCAGAAAGUUUAAAGAUUUUACCUGUACACUUGCAUAGUUAUUACUUGUCUUUCUGAUACAUAUAACUAGGGAACUGAAACUAGGUUAGGCACGCCAAUGAACAGAAUGAUUAGGGGAGAGUUUAGAACUAAAACUGUGUAGCACCACUAACGUCACCACUCAGUUUUUAUGUUGCUGUUGUUAAAAUAAGCUGCUUAAAUUCCUUCAGUGCCUAAUGGCUGACUUUGGGGAGUUUUAUUAGUUACAUUGUAGAAAAGCAGUUGUUUUGGGUUGGAUUCAUCUGGGUUAACGGAGAUGAAUCAUCCAAAGUCAACAAAGGGUUUUCAGUAAUGAGCUCUGCAUGGACUCAUGGACGUUGGCAAGCAACAGGAAUCCAGCUUUUGCAGCGCUUAAGAUAUUUGAGAAACUAAUUGCCAGGCUUGCUUAAUACUUGGUGUAAAAUGGUGGUGUCCUGUUCUGGCAGUAUGUGUGGCAACAAAACACUCUUUGAUGUGACAUUUGCAGAGCUCAGUUUAAAUAUGAAGUGAGUCAUGUGGUGUGUUGGCACACUAGAAUGGAUGCUAUUUCAGGUGUCAUUUUCUUAGUGAGUUUCUUCUAAACAGAGCAGAUUAUUAUGGGAAGUUACCCACUCAGUAAUAAUUCAGGCCUUUGCUUUUAGGAAGGAAAAAAAAAAAGAAAACAUUUUGACUUACUAAAUGAAUUAUGAGUCUAGUAAUAAAAAUCAAUCCUGGGUUCUGAUGCGCCUGCUUUUAAUUCAGCUGUUUUCCAUUACCGGAAGGAGCGGUACUGAUACCACAUCUGUGAGUGUGCUGGAGAAGGUUUGUCACUGGUUCCAGUUAGAGGGGGGGGGCUUGAAAACAUGCCCCUGGUGAUCAGGGAAUAAAGAGAAAAUAUGGGAAGAACUUCAGUGUAACAUCUGAAGGCUUUAAAGUGAAUCUCUUGGGAGAAAAAAAGUGAGAACAGCAGAAAAUGGAUAGGAAAUAAAAUGGUGCAGUUGCGUGAGUGCCACCAUGCCCAUUUCCUUGGGAAAUAUAUAAAAAAUGACAUCGUUGAUUUUAAAAGAUCCCCCCCUUAUUUUUUUCUGUAAUGUUGAACUUCCUAUUAAGUAAACCUUAAGCUUGAUCUUUAAUUACUUUUCUGAUAACGUACUAGGGCAAGAGAAGAAGAUAUGUGUUGUGCUUUGACAUUCAAACAGCUCUGGCUCUGCUGUACUGGAAUGGAUGCUUAGUUGCAUGGGGCUGUCAGAACAAUGACAAAUAAAAAUGAGGAAAGUGCCUGGCUCCUGCUUCCCACAGUGCAGAGCCACAGAUGCAUUUCAGAAAGCAGCCAGACCUCUUGUCAUGUACUUAGGUCAGAUCUGUAGCCAUAUAUGCUCAAGUGUAAGUUCAGAAUAAAACUUUGCACAAUAGCAGGAUUUAUCUCAUCAAACAGUUCAUCAUUCUGCUGAAAAUAAUAAAGAAAUGUGAUUAUAUCUGCCUGGCAGUUUCUAGCUGGUGUUGCUUGGACUUCUGUGUGCCCUGUGUUGUUCUCAAGACUCAGGUUAGUGUUUCUGAAGGGAUACCUCAUGUCAGCAGCCAGUGCUGGGCUCCAUGUGAGCUCUCGUGUGCAGUCAAGUGUUGAAGGGACCUCUGUUUCCUUUAGAUUUGUGUUGCUACAAUUUUCUAAUAGUAAUAGCUUAGGCCAAUAUCUGCGUGAACUUUGAGGCAAUGUGGACUUUCUGUGCAGAUGUUUGACAUCUGUCAAACAGCCCAUGUAAGGUCAAAUUAUCGCUACAGUAAUGAUGAACCAUUUGCCUCAUGCUGCAGAACAGCUGCACAGGAAUCUAUUUCAACAAGAGGAGUGUUUCUAAGCGGUCACUAGGAAGUGAGAUUUUUUUAUGUUCCUUCCUGAGUCUAACUCGUAGACAUAUUUAAUUAGGGAGAUCGUUAAGGAGGACCUUUGAGAAGGGAAACUGCUACUUAAAGACAUGUUUAGAAAGGACAGGUAGUUUAGGCAGCAGAAUUUGUCUGUUCUUCUGCCUACAAUUAAGCAGCGGAGUCAUAUGAAGUGACUGAAUCAAACAGGAGGUCAGAAUACUUUUUGUAUUUUAAACCUUGUAAUCUUUUGUUAGCUUAGAAGAGCAAAACUUCUAUCAUUCUUGAGAGAUGGCUUUAGAAACAUGUGGAAGCUGUUUGAGCUGUCUGCUGGUCCCUCUUGCACUUUGGAGCAUUGUUGUUAAUGUCCUUUUAUAUUUCCCUAAUGGGAAUGCUUCAUAUGUUGCUAGUUACCAGCAUCCCAACUAUGUGUGGUAUUUUGAAGGCAUCUGUUUCUCAGGUGUGAUGAUUCUUCUGUUGGCAAUAAUUCUCAUAGCACUGGAGUGUAAUGCAUUCUAUCGGUGCUGCCGAAGUGAGAGCUGUAACAAAACCUACAGAAGUUUUAUUUCAAUUGUGCUAGCCAUGCUUGGAGUUGCUUUCUCUGGAUACAGUUGCAUCAUUUUUACCUUGGGAUUGAUCCAAGGCCCUUUCUGCAAUUCAUCCAGUGGAUGGGAUUACAUCUUCAAAGAUACUGUUGGAGGAUACCUCACAGAUUACUCUGCUUGGUCUCAAUGUGCUGAACCUGCUAAUGCUGUGGAAUGGACCAUCAUUUUACUCUCUAUUCUGAUGACUCUUAGUGGACUGCAGUUGAUCAUCUGUUUUCUUAAAGUGGCUGCUGAGCUGAAACGUACACUGUGUGGGACCUAUUCUGUUUUUAUUCAGGCUGGGAUUCUCUGAAAACGGCAAAACGCUGAACCGCUGUUUUCCUAAAGAAAACACUGUUUUUCUACCUGUGUAGUUUCUCUGGCAGUGACUUUUUUUAACCCUCCAGCUUGGGUCUGAACCCUCAGGGAGGUCUGAAUACUGCGGAACUCCUUUUGUAGUAAAACCAUCUUUUUGGAAUAAACUGCUGUAUUUGUAGUACCCUCUUUUUGUUUAGAAAAUGAGAGUAUUUGUUCUGAAAGGGCCUGAUUCAAACCCUAGCAUGUCAAGAGAAAUUAUCCCUUGAGAAUUAAUGUGCUGGACGAAGCCAUGGUUUCUACUGAAUUUCUGACUGAAUUUCUGUAACUGACUGAAUUUCAGUUACAGACAGACCACGAUAGUCAUGAGAGGCAGAAGCUCAUGCUGCAUUUUUUGUCCUAGAAGCUUAUUAACUGUACAAAGCAAUUUAUGAAAAAAAGUCUAGCAAGUCUUACCAAGGUAAGGCAUCUAGGCCUGAUUGAAGAUGAGAAAUGCAUCUUCAAAGUCAGCUAUACUAGUUAGUGCGCUUUAAUAGGUGCCUUGGGAUUCUUUUUUACUCAAGAGGCAGGCUUUUUUUUUCUUUUUUUUCUUUUUUUUCUUUUAAUCGAGUAUUAUGAGAAUUUUGGAAAUAUAUGAGGAAACCCUGUGAAUAUCGAGUGCUAGCUUGUUAGUACUUGUAAGUAUCCUGACUGCUGCAGGAGAAGGCUGACAUUCUUGCCGAUAUCUUGCCAAUAACAUUCAGAAUUUCAGUAAUUUAAUUCUGUUUCAAGACAAUUCUGAGAUUUUUGUAUUGAUAUUCCUCUGGCAGAUAUUUUGAAAAGCUGGUUUCUUUCUUCAGGAAUUAAGUAAUGUAUAUUAAAUUUUAAUUUAGUUUAUAUGAAGUUGAAAGAAGUAAUAAAAAGUUACU